GGCAGUCAACAUUAUCCGUGUGAAGCUGCCUUGCGCCCAUUCAUCCUCCUCUUGUUGCCACCACCAUCACAAAUGCAGUUGGCAGCAAUGAGAGAGAGGGCCUUCUCGGUGGCCACUCCAACUCUUUGGAACUCCCUCCCCAAGGAGAAAUCAAUAUGAGACAACACUGAAAAUAAGGAAAGGAUGGCACCCGAAAAACCUUCACCAUCUCAAACAAAACCUCCCAAAGCACCAGCCCCAAAAUUGGAACUGAAGGCUAAGAAGCAAGGUGCUAAAGGAGGAGGAGGAGCUAAAAAAGGAGCGGCAUCUAAAGGAAGAGCAUCUAAAGGAAGUAUAGCUGAAGGAGCACCAGCUAAAGAAGGAGCAGCAGCUAAAGGAAGAGCACCAGCUAAAGGAAGAGCACCAGCUAAAAAAAGAGCAUCUAAAGGAAGUACAUCUGAAGGAGGACCAGCUAAAGAAGCAGCAGAUAAAAAGGUUACUGGCACGGCCAAGAAGAAGAACUUGCCAAGGAUAAUCCGGAACCGCAGUGUUGCUUUCUUUCAGUCCGCCCUUGUCUUGCAUGCUGCUGUCAUACUGUGCUUCCUUCUCUUUGCUGCCACCAUUUCUGCCAUUGCCCUGUAUGCAAUGGAACGUGGCAAAACAAACAGCCUACGUGCCGGAGCCAAAAAAAUUACAAAAUUUAUGCGAGCACAUGAACCAAGACUCCGAACGCUGUUGGAUUCUGAAGUACUUGAGGAAACCCUGAAGUAUGCAGAAACAUUGGCAUCCUGGAGAACAAAGAUUAUUGAACUGGAUGAAGCUAUCACCGAUAUUACCAGAAAGAUUACCAAAGACUGGGAAGUGUUUGGUGGCAGCCUCUUUCUGUUUCACAUGGGUGCACAAACGUAUGUGCAAGCAAUACACACGUGUUCGACCAGAGAUUCCUCCUUGGCUACCAUUGACACUCCAGCGGAAGAGGAGUUUAUAGAAUCCCAUGUCAAGGGCAAACAUGUUGACUAUUGGAUUGGACUUCAUAAGCAGCGAAUAGAUUGGAUAUGGCUUGAAGAUACUCCUGUGAGACAAAUGUUCUGGAGCCCUGGUGCACCAAUAAAUAAGGGCUUAGCAGGAGGAGAUACUGAAAACUGUGUUUUUGUUGAUAAACACUGCACAUUGAACAAGCAAUGUUGGAGGGAUAGCCUAUGCACUUCCCUAAAGAGAGCCAUUUGUCGGAUAAGACCCAACGAAAAGUGGAUGUACUGACCAGGGUCCCUGAAGGCAAACAAAAGCAGAUUUUGUGAUGCUUCCAAGGACACUGAUAUUGAAUAAGCUGAAAGUUGGUUAUGGGACUGAGAUAAAGAAUUGUUUACGGCUUCCUGGUGUUUGUUCAGAGAAAACCUGUCAUCCACCCAGAUGGAGAAAAAAACUUAGUUUGUAACCCCAGACAUAAAAUGCCUACAAAUUAAAGAGUAGAAGAGG